AUGAGAAGUGCCGGCCGGGAGUCCGAGUGCGAGCUGCCCAUUCUCAUUUCUGUGCUUCCGAUGUUCGUUUGCUGUUGCCUGAGCCUGUCCCCUGAGUGUGUACCCCCAGCCUGCUGCCUGAGCCUGUCCCCUGAGUGUGUCCCCCCCGCCUGCUUCCUGAGCCUGUCCCCUGAGUGUGUCCCCCCCGCCUGCUGCCUGAGCCUGUCCCCUGAGUGUGUCCCCCCCAGCCUGCUGCCUGAGCCUUUAUCUUUAGUGUCCUGCUUCCUGAGCCUGUCCCCUGAGUGUGUACCCCCAGCCUGCUGCCUGAGCCUGUCCCCUGAGUGUGUCCCCCCAGCCUGCUGCCUGAGCCUGUCCCCUGAGUGUGUCCCCCCAGCCUGCUGCCUGAGCCUGUCCCCUGAGUGUGUCCCCCCAGCCUGCUGCCUGAGCCUGUCCCCCGAGUGUGUCCACCCUGCCUGCUUCCUGAGCCUGUCCCCCGAGUGUGUCCUCCCCGCCUGCUUCCUGAGCCUGUCCCCUGAGUGUGUCCACCCUGCCUGCUGCCUGAGCCUGUCCCCCGAGUGUGUCCUCCCCGCCUGCUUCCUGAGCCUGUCCCCUGAGUGUGUCCACCCUGCCUGCUGCCUGAGCCUGUCCCCCGAGUGUGUCCUCCCCGCCUGCUUCCUGAGCCUGUCCCCUGAGUGUGUCCACCCUGCCUGCUGCCUGAGCCUGUCCCCUGAGUGUGUCCCCCCGGCUUGCUUCCUGAGCCUGUCCCCUGAGUGUGUCCCCCCAGCCUGCUUCCUGAGCCUGUCCCCUGAGUGUGUCCCCCCAGCCUGCUUCCUGAGCCUGUCCCCUGAGUGUGUCCCCCAGUCUCCUAUGUGGGUCCCCUGA